AUGACUCGAACGAAAGGCCAGAGAGCAUUGCGCAAGGUCCGGGGUCGAGAAGCGGCCGUCCGUCUUCCAAGGAAUAUCCGAGGUGUUGAAGACAAUAAUUGGUGGCUGACGGGGGUUGUUGAAGUCGCUUUCAUGGAUUUGAAGGAGGUCGAACUUUGCCAUGAUGGCCCGUGGUGGAUCGGAGGCAUCACAAGGAGAGAUAGAGGGCGGAAUUCAAGAUAA